AUGGCGUUCCUGGCCGGGCCGCGCUUGCUGGACUGGGCCAGCUCACCACCGCACCUGCAGUUCAACAAGUUCGUGCUGACCGGCUACCGGCCGGCCAGCAGCGGCUCAGGGUGCCUCCGCAGCCUCUUUUAUCUGCACAACGAACUGGGCAACAUCUACACGCACGGACUGGCUCUGCUGGGUUUCCUGGUGCUGCUGCCAAUGACUGUGCCCUGGGGCCAGCUGGGCAAGGACGGCUGGCUUGGGGGCACACACUGUGUGGCCUGCCUGGCACCCCCCGCUGGCUCCGUGCUCUAUCACCUCUUCAUGUGCCACCAGGGGGGUAGCCCUGUGUAUGCCCGGCUCCUGGCCCUGGAUAUGUGUGGAGUUUGUCUUGUCAACACUCUUGGGGCCCUGCCCAUCAUCCAUUGCACUCUGGCCUGCAGGCCCUUGCUGCGCCCAGCAGCCCUGUUGGGCUACACCGUGCUGUCAGGGGUGGCAGGCUGGCGGGCCCUCACCGCCCCCUCCACCAGCGCCCGGCUCCGAGCUUUCGGCUGGCAGGCUGGUGCCCGCCUCCUGGUCUUUGGGGCCCGAGGACUAGGGCUGGGUUCUGGGGCCCCAGGCUCCCUACCCUGCUAUCUGCGCAUGGAUGCUCUGGCAUUGCUGGGUGGGCUGGUGAACGUGGCCCGCCUGCCUGAGCGCUGGGGACCUGGUCGCUUUGACUACUGGGGUAACUCACACCAGAUCAUGCAUCUGCUCAGCGUGGGCUCCAUCCUGCAGCUACACGCUGGUGUUGUGCCCGAUCUGCUCUGGGCUGCCCACCACGCCUGCCCACCAGACUGA